UUACGAAUCGGACUGAUACCAUAUAGGAUACAUGUUGCGCUCCAUCUUUCACGGUAACCAACGUCGUUGCAAGUAAGGGAAUAUUCUAGAACUUAAUUGCCUCGAACUCGAAGCAAUGCCUAACACUCCAUUUCAAAGUUGUUUCCGUUGUUAGCAUAAAAUCGGUGUACCUUUGUUUCUAUAUAAAAAACACACAAAACAACACUUCACUUCAAUCUCUGUUGCGCACACGGCAACUGCAACUUGGAAGGUUCCCUUUCUUUCUUGAUUUCUACUUAUAAUAAAUGAAUAAAUGAAUAAAUCAUGUUCUUUAUUUACGUUGUUAUUACGGGAAAUUAGGAAGCACAAUUGAUUGAUACCUAUUGGAAUAUUUGAUACAUUUUCUUUACUAUUUUUUCUCCCAGGAGAAGAAAGAAUCUUAUAUUAAUUCAUAUUCCGUGAUCGUUUUGUAUUGAAUUAGAAACUAGUGAUGGUGGAUAAGCGGCACAAAGUUCCUGCCUUCCGUGAUUUCCCGAAAGGGUGUGGCUCAAACCCUUCAAGAACCGCACAUGGUGAUGCUGCAAAGGUUGUCCCUGGGAACCACUAUAAGCGGGUUCCAGCUUUUAGGGACUUUCCUCCAUUGUGUGGACCAAAUGCUUCUUCACAUCUUAGUGAAGGUGAGGGUGAAACAGCAAUUGAUGCAGAAGAGGAGGUGGAAAAGAAUGUUCAUUGUGAUGGUGGAAAGGUACUGGAUCUAGUUCAAGGUGAUUCUGGUGGGAAUGGUGUAGAAAAAGAGAAGGAGCUUGAUGUAAUUCGAACAUGUGUUACGGUUCCUAAGGAUGGCAACCGGGAUAAGGUUCAAAUGAAUUCUUAUAAUUUGAGGGUUUCAUCUCGCAGGGUGGUGCUAGCACUGAUGGCUGAAUCUGAAUGUCCAUGGAGGAAUGCUGCAAGAAAAAAGGGAAAGAAGCCUUUAAAGAAGAAAAAGGGGAAUGACAAUUCUGAAAACAUUGAUGAAUUUCAAGUUGUCAACAAAUCACAUGGUUCCAAGGCAGUUUAUAGAAAGCUUGUACACGAAGAAGAAGCGAAGCUAGAAGGUAAGGCAAGUAGCUUUAGGAGUGUUGAUUUACGAGCAGCUGAGAUCCUUAUGGGCAAAGGGAAAUAUCUUAACACCAACAGGAUAUUGGGAUCUGUCCCUGGGGUUGAAGUUGGCGACGAAUUUCAGUAUAGGGUAGAGCUUGCCAUGGUUGGUCUUCAUCAGCGGAUUCAAAGCGACAUAGAUUAUGUUAUGCAUAAUGGGAAGACCCUCGCCAUGAGUGUUAUCACAUUGGGAGGCUAUGAGGACGAGUUAGAUGAUUCAAAUGUCUUGAUAUACACAAGUUUGGUUGGAAAUAAUACUGAUAAAGAAGUCGAAGAUCAGAAGCUUGAGCAGUGCAACCGUGCUUUAAGGAACAGCAUUGACGAAAAGAAUCCUGUUAGGGUGAUAAGGGCCACUGAAUCAAUGCACGGAAAGGGUAAGAAAUAUGUCUAUGAUGGACAAUAUGUGGUUGAGAAUUGUUGGCAGGAUGAUGGGCCGCACGGUUCGCCGGUUCUUAGAUAUCGGCUGCAAAGGAUCCCAGAUCAACCGGAGCCUUCUUGGAAAGAAGUAAAGAAAUCUGAAAAUUUGAGAGAUAGAGAAGGUCUAUUUGUUCAUGACAUUUCAAAUGGGAAAGAGCUCAUUCCAAUUCAUGCUCUCAACACCAUAGAUGACCAAAAUGUUCCAUCAUUUGUGUAUGUUACAAGAAUGAUAUAUCCAAAUUGGUGCAAUCCUAUUCCUCGGAAAGGCUGUAAUUGUGUUGGAACAUGUUCAGAAUCAGAAAAAUGUCCUUGUGCUGCGAAAAAUGGUGGUGAUAUCCCAUUCAACCAUGAUGGGGCCAUUGUAGAAGCAAAGCCUCUAAUCUACGAGUGUGGACUUUCUUGCAAGUGCCCUUCAACAUGCCACAAUAGAGUUAGCCAACAUGGCGUGAAGUUCCAACUCGAAGUCUUCAAAACCGAUUCAAGAGGUUGGGGUGUGAGAUCAUUGAAUUCAAUCCCUUCAGGGAGUUUUAUCUGCGAGUAUCUGGGGGAGCUUCUUGGAGAGGAUGAAGCUGAAGAAAGAGUUGACAAUGAUGAGUAUCUUUUCGAUAUCGGCAAUAAUAACCAAAAGAGCCAUGCCCUUUGGGAUGAACUCUCAGUGGUUAUGCCUGAUGCACACUCAAAUUCUUCUUGUGAAGUUGUGGAGGAUGGUGGAUUCACCAUUGAUGCUUUACACUAUGGUAAUGUUGGAAGAUUCAUCAACCAUAGUUGCUCACCUAAUCUGUAUGCACAGAGUGUGCUUUAUGAUCAUGAUGAUAAGAGGAUUCCCCACAUAAUGCUGUUUGCGACUGAAAAUAUUCCACCAUUGCAAGAGUUGACUUAUGAUUACAAUUACAAGAUAGAUGAGGUUUUUGACUCUCAUGGGAACAUCAAGAGGAAGAAUUGCUAUUGUGGUUCCAUGGAAUGCACUGGUAGGAUGUAUUGAUUUUAAGGCCUAGUUAGGAUAAUCAAUGAAGUAUAGACUAGAGAAGUGACCGUAGCUUUCUUAUUGAAAUUUUAUUACAGUUGAAAAGUUGAUUUUGAGUGAUCUUUUUUUCUUUUAUGUACAUAUCUGAUUGAACAAAUAGCUUAGACAAUAUGGCUGAUGCAGCAAUUUUUGUGAUUUUACCAUUUGUUGUCAUCAGAUGUCAUGAAUCCACAAUUUACAAAUUUUCAUUUUUCAGAAAUUACAAUCUAUUUGUAGUUUGUAAGACUUGGUCACUAUUUCAAAGAUUGCAAAAUAGCAUUUCUGUUGAACAAAUUUACCCU